AUGAAGAACGUCUUCGCUGCCUCUGUUGCCCUUCUCGCGGCCUUCUCCUCCGCUAUGCCGACCUCCUCGCCCAUGGAGACCGAUGCCUCCAUUACCCUCUCGACUCUCGAGAGCCGCGCUGUCGUCUGCAGUGUCGCCGCUGUCGAUAGGCUCAUCUUCAAGACGACCAUUCCCGUCUUUCUCAAGGCCCGCAAGGCCAAGGACCCCAAGCGCUGCCGAUGGGACUCCGACGGCUGCACUAGCGCUCCCGACCGCCCAGCCAUGUUCAACUUCAAGCCCGCCUGCCAACGCCACGACUUUGGCUACCGCAACACCAAGGCGCAGAGGCGCUACACCUCGGCCAUGAAGAAGCGCAUCGACGACCAGUUCAAGAAGGACCUGUACAAGUACUGCUCCGGCUUCAAGGGCCUCUUGGCCUUCCAGGGCGUCAGCAUCGUCAAGCGCGCCAAGACCGAGGAGGCCGAGGAGGAGUUUGAGUACUUUGACGCCAACGAUGUCGAUCCCGAUAUCGAGGGCCAGGUCAUCCCCGAGCUCACUGAUGACGAUGAGGAGUGA